GUUUGUUUCUUCCGCUAGCUAAUGAUCAAAAAAAGUGUUUUUUAUGCGCUUCAAACAUUUUGUUUCUGAAAUAUUAUGUUCCACAUGAAGCGUAAUGAAUAUUUAUGGGGCGUUAUUGUGUUUUCAGACAAAAAAUGCAUAUAACAAAGAACAUGUUGCUUGCUAGCUAAGCAACUGACGCGUUUAGCGUCAUAGGCUGUGUCCUAAAUAACUCCAUGCUCCCUACUCUUUACUCAAUGUUACAAUGGCGCAGGGAGCAUAUCGAGUGUCCUAAAUGUUUAAAUCAGAGGCAUAUCGGAUACAGCCGUCAUUCUUCAUGCUUGGUUGCUGCGUUUCUUUGACCAGACAGCAGAGUUUUCCGGGGAUCUCUUACCUCAAAUAAACGAAAGGACAGGAAAGGAACAAAAGAAAAAAAAAAACCUUCCAACUUGUUUCAGAAUGUCUUCACCCUUCAAGACGCCUUCCUUCUUUUGGUCCUAAGUUUAGCGUUGGUUGCUGUAGCGACAGCUGUUGUCUAACUACCUCCGACUUUUCCUGCCGUGACCCACGGAGACGAUUGUAUAUAUCGAAGGACGAUGUCGAGUGGAGACGCAGGGGAUCGUGGCAAGGAAAGGGAACGGGGCGCCCGUCCCAAAGUGCGUCAGAGCCGCUCGGAGGAACGACAGGACGGAGGGAGGCGGAAAGGAGGGAGGGGUAAAAGGAAAGGCCACUUGGCUAACGAGGCCGCGUCGGAACGGCCGGUCAGCGACGGAUUCGAAUACGGUGAUCUCUUAAACGGGUUGGAACCCGGAAACGGAGGCGCUUCGUUUCGUGAGCGCCGGUGGCGCCAAGUCCUCAGCUCUCCCGCGUCCUCGCUGACGGAGAAAGUUCCAGGCAGGACAGUUCAGAACGCACCGAACGACGAACAGCCUGCACCCGAGACCAGCAGCAAGUCUUCCAGCAGCGGCCGUACCCUCAGGCAGAAGAUUCAGGACGCCGUAGGCCAGUGUUUUCCCAUUAAGACCCAUAGUGUACCUUCUGCUUUAGGACAAGGCAUCUCGGGGUCUCCUGUCACAGGCUCUACCCGGAGGAAGAUUCAUCUGAGUGAACUCAUGCUGGACAGUUGCCCGUUCCCACCAGGAUCAGAGCUGGCGCAGAAAUGGAACUUGAUCAAGCAGCAUACAGCUCCAAUUUCCCAACCCCCCGUACUUGACACUUUUCCCGACCCGGGAGCGUCGACGUCAGCAUGCUCCGCUUCCGUAGUUUCUGUUGUAGAGGACGAAGAUGAUCGUUUGCGCGAGAGGCGGAGAAUCAGCAUUGAGCAAGGCGUCGAUCCGCCACCCAACGCUCAGAUCCACACGUUCGAGGUGACCGCGCAGAUCAACCCGCUGUACAAACUUGGGCCCAAGUUAGCGCAUGGUAUGAACGAGUUGGCCGGGGACGACCGGGCCACUCUGCAGCAACAGCAGCACAUGCUGCAGAGGCAGCAGCAGCACCACCAGGUUCUCCUCCAGAGCUGCUUGGACACUCUGGAUGAGGUCGUCGCGUCUUCCUCAGGAUCCGCCUUGUCCUUUUCUACUGAAUCCCAUCCGGAUUCGGAUUCCUCCUCGUCUUCGCCGUGUUCCUUGACAAGGGGGUCUCUGGUGACGUCAGAGCACUUUAGACCUCAAGAUGGCCACCAUCGUGCUCACACGCAGAUCGACUACAUCCACUGUUUGGUGCCUGACCUGCUCCAGAUUACCAACUUGCCGUGUUACUGGGGGGUCAUGGAUCGCUACGAGGCCGAGACCCUUUUGGAAGGCAAGCCCGAGGGAACCUUUCUUCUCCGCGACUCGGCCCAGGAGGACUACUUAUUCUCUGUGAGCUUCCGGCGCUACGGGCGCUCUCUGCACGCUCGUAUCGAGCAGUGGAACCACAACUUCAGCUUCGACGUGCACGACCCCAGCGUGUUUCACGCGCCCACAGUCACGGGCUUGCUGGAGCACUACAAGGACCCCAACUCGUGCAUGUUCUUCGAGCCGCUGCUCUCGAACCCCAUCCAUCGCACGCAGCCGUUCAGCCUCCAGCACAUCUGUCGGGCCGUCAUCAGCAGCUGCACCACGUACGACGGCAUCAGUGUUCUGCCGAUCCCCAACGCCCUCAAGGAGCACCUGAAAGAAUAUCAUUACAAGCAGAGGGUUCGUGUACGGAGACUCGACACUGGGUGGAAAACCUCAGUGUGUGAUUUUCGGUAAUUUCUAAUUUCACGACCAGUAAAAAAAAAAAACUUUGCAGGCUAAUCCGACACGCAGGCAUGCUAACCACAACGCGAGCAGGAAAACCGAAUGUGCUAAUGCGAACCUUGACGUUUUUUCAGUACGGAACUGCGUUAAGGCUAGCUUUAAUGAACCACUGAUCCACAGACCCCAAACAUAAUAUGCCAAACGCUGUUCCAGUUGGUUGUGAAUACCUGCACAGGCUGUAUUGAAAAGCGUUUUUGUGGGCUAGUGUUCUAAUGCUAAUCCACGAAAGACCGCCAUAAAGUACCACGAGGUACCACGCAACUCCGAGCAUGGUUACGCUAAUAUGCUUUCAGCUGCGCGGCUAGGUGGCAAGUACAGUGUUAGAGCUAGCAUGAACGAAGCACUGCAUGUCAGUCUAGCACAUUAAAAUGCUAAUCCGCUUUAUAGAUCACAUUGCGUAGCCUUUAACUGCUGCACGAGAUUUAGCUUCGUCUUUAAAGGUGCCCUUGGAAUUACAUUUUCAGUGUUUCGUGUGUGCCUUGUGUGUAUCGGCGAAAUGUUACCAUCUUAUGGGUGAAACCCCUGAUCAGUCUAGCUAGCAUGUUGCAGCUUGCUGUAAAAUAAUCCAGCUAGCGCCAAUGAUGUUGAAGAUAAAGCGACGGAUUCGGUAAAAUUAUUAAACUCGACACACUUACCUAACAUCUCAUUCUGCAGCGGUGAGCCGGACUUAAAAAUAUAAUAUCCACUCACUCACUCACGUUUGUCCCGCCCACUACAGUAUGGAAUUUUACUUGGAGAUACGUCAAAAGUUCACGCUUGAAUUGGCGUCACCUCUAAAAUCUCAAGUGUACGCUAUGAAGCUACUUCGCCGCACGACAUUCCAGAUCUUCGGACGACCUCGCUUCCUGCUGUAACAAAUGGAAACCAUUUCAGGAUGAGUAAAACACACAACGCUGUGCAUCACAAGUUAACGAAUGUAGCAGCUUUGCAUCAUUUCUAGUGGAAAGCAGAAGGAACCAUACCUCACCUCGAGGCUUGGCGAUGCCCUUACAUCAUUGUCUGGAAGUCCAUUUUUAAAGGGUAUACAAUUGCACUGUUCCUUUAGACGACGUGUCUCAGUAUGGAUAAACCACCAGAGUUGGCAGUGCUAAUAGACACAUCUGUAAUAAUGAAGCAUCAUAGUAUUAAAUCGUCUACUUGAUUAUCGGCACAUGCCUUAGCCACCCUUAGUGUGAUUCGAUCCGAAAUAAUUCGAUUCAUCUACAGAAAUCUUCCAAACCUUUAUGUACACACACUGUAUGCACACAAUCUCUUGGCGCCUUAAAGGAAUGAAGAACUCUUGUAUGUACUGGAAAUUGCCUGAUUAGAUUUGCAGGUGUUUUUUUAUUUAUUUAUAAUUUUUUUGUGGGCCAGUUUCUCUUACGUUUCUUUUCAACGUUACGGAACAAAAAACCACCCUGAGUUGCACCAGCUUUGAGCUGCACAAGAUGUUAGCUAACUAAUGCAUAAACAUUUAGCGCUCUGACGUUUUUAUCACACCAACAGUUAAAUCUCUAAUCUCUUUCAAUUACUUUUUUUGGUUUGAAUAGAGUUUGUAACGUGGCUGACCUCAAGGUCCAAGUCUGAUAUGGUUACAACUCAAGGUCCAAGUUGGACCCAAUCUCAAAAGUGUGCAGAAAACUCCUUUGAAGGUGCUUAUGUAGCCUUGAAAUGGCACUUUUUAGCCAGCUAGCUAAUAUAUAUUCACUUAGUUAGCUAUUUCAGAUGCUUUGUGUAAAGUUCAGAGAAAUAUGCAGGUGAAAUUACCAGAAAUGUUACCCAAGUAUUACUAGCUAGCUAAUUGAAUAUUGUGUAACAAGCUAGCUCAUUAACAACCUGGUAUGUCUAUGUAUCUUGCAAUUGAUUAAAAUUUUUUAGCACCUGUUAAGAAAUGACCAGAGAGACGGGAGAUAUCAAGGCAUUUGGAAAGCUGUUCAAUUAAUUUGUUUAGCAAGCUAGCUAAUUAACAUGCUAGCUUUUGUUAGCUAGCAAAUCAUAACAAUAGUGCAGUGAGAAUAGGACACAGGGUUAGGAAGCAAAAAUAUAUUUCUAUUUAUUUUCUUAUUUAAAGCACUGUUUUAACUUUGCUGUUUCACCUGCUUUCCAAGAACCAUGUUAUUUUGGGACCACACUGAAGAUCUGCUGAACAAAUAAAUUCAUUAACUAUGAA